GAGUGGAAGGGGGAGAAGGUAAACAGACGCGGCUGCCUGCGCCCGGCUCAGCCGCCCGCCCGCCCGCCUGCUUGCUCGCCCGCCCGCGGGGGUGUGUGCUUUGCUCGCUUGCUUCCUUCUUUCGCAGAGCUGAGCUGAGCAGGGCAGAGCCGCGGGGGUGGGACGCUGCCUGCCUGGAAGGGGCGCCUGCUUUGCGGGAUGGGCUUCUGCGAGAGGCGUCCCGAGGCAGACUCUGCGGGGCGGGCGGGGAAGGGCUUCUCCGUCCCCAGGGCGAGGGCGCUCCUCCGGCGGCAGAGAGGGGCGCGCUGAAGCCAGGGAGGCGCGGAUCGCAUGACUUGAAGCCGCCCCUGGUCGACCCGGGUCAAGGAAGAGGAGGAGGAGGAGGAGGCAGGGUCAGGCCGGGCGCCCACUCGCGGGGCUGCAUGCCCGAGGCCUCCCCUCCCGCGCUCUGGCGCGAGCGGAGGGCGCCGCGGUGGCCCCUGGGCAGGCAGCGGCCAGGCUCCGGAGGUAGAGGCAGGGUCGUCGCGGUUAUGUAAAGCCCACGCCGUCCACGCAGGAGGAGGAGGAGGAAGAAGAAGAGGAGGAGGAGGAGGAGGACCGGGAGGAGGAAGCCAACCCACCCCGCCCACCGCACCCCACCCGCCAUCCGCAGCCCUCGGUGCGAUUGCGACACCUCUCUCCCUGCUGCCUGCCUGCCUGCCUUCCAGCCGCCCACCCAGCCUGGGAAAGAGGGCGGCGGCAGGCGAGAGACACCAAGGAAGUUCCUCUACCUUUGGAUUCUUCUUCUUGUUGUUCUUAUUCUUCUUCUUCUUAUUUCCGGAUCGGGCCCCUUCUCUUGCCCUUGGAGCGGCCUCCAAGGCGCCCCCACCCAGGCGUGGGCUGGGACACGUCUCCGGCCAGGGAAGGAUGUCCGCGGCCGUGGCGUACAUGGACUUCGUGGCCGCCCAGUGCUUGGUCUCCAUCUCCAACCGCUCCGUGGGCCCGACGGACGGUGAGUUGCUCAAGCUGCCCGAGGAAGAGGAGGAGGAGGAGGCGGCCGCCGCUGCCGCCGCCGCCGUGACCAAGGACAUGGGCGACCCCCGCGACGCCUGGAAGGACUACUGCACGCUGGUGACCAUCGCCAAGAGCCUGCUGGACCUCAACAAGUACCGGCCCCUCCCGCCGCCCCCGGCGCCCCCCUCCUCGGUCUGCAGCGACAGCGUGGAGAGCCCCGACGACGAGGACGCCGCCUCCUCCUCCUCCGACAGCGAGGCCCGCUCCAGCCCCGAGGCCGCCGCCCCGCCGCCGCCCGCCCCCGCCACGGACCCGCUGGCCCUCCUCCAAGGCCCCGGGGGCGCGCCCGGGCCAGGGGCGCCCGGCCAAGACGGCGCCCCGCCCGCCAAGGCAGGCAAGCUGGCCGCCGAGAAGAGGCACAAGUGCCCCUACGGCGGCUGCGGCAAGGUCUACGGCAAGUCCUCCCACCUCAAAGCCCACUACAGAGUGCACACAGGUGAGCGCCCAUUCCCUUGCACUUGGCCAGAUUGCCUUAAAAAGUUUUCUCGCUCCGAUGAGCUAACGCGGCACUACCGAACCCACACCGGGGAGAAGCAGUUCCGAUGUCCACUCUGCGAGAAGCGGUUCAUGAGGAGCGACCACCUGACAAAGCAUGCCCGCCGCCAUACCGAAUUCCACCCCAGCAUGAUCAAGCGGUCUAAAAAGGCCAGUGCGGCCUCCUUUUGAAGGAAUGACUGGCGGAGACGGAGGGGGAAACCACCACCACCACCAUCAAAAGGGGCAUAACUGAUCAGCACAAAUACGUCCGCCACUGUACAGUGAUAUUCCCCCGACUUGCAUUUUUAAAGCACAUGUAGCUGGAAGUUUGAAAACAAAAGAUUUGAUAUUUUGUCCCAUCCACCCCUGCUAUGCUACCAACAACAGUCUUAAAUCAGUGGCUGCUGAGUGGGAGUGGGGGGGGGGGGGAAGGGUGGAAAUAAGUGUGGGGAUCAGCAGAAAUAAUGCAACUUUUUUAUAUAUAUAGUUCAAAGAAUCGACACUGGUGUAUAUAUGUCCGACUGGGUGGUUUGACCUGUGACACCACAGUAGUGAUUCCAAGCUCUUUGUGAUUGCUGUGUCAUGGACAUGUUUUGUUGACUAAUGUAAUGCUGCUUGUAUUUAAAAAAACAAAACAAAACAAAAAAAGUUUAGGAAAACCACUUUCCAACACGCCUAAGUAUUUCUUAAGUUUUGAAAAGAAACCAAGCUCCAUAGCACAUCGUUAGAAGGUUCACUUCUCUUUCUCAAUGAACCAUUCUAUUCAAGACUGUUAAAGGGUAAAAAAAACCAUUACAUCUGUUGUUUUUAUUAGCGGAUUGGUAUACAAAAAAUAACAAAGGAAGAGCAAAGCUGAAAUUUAUACUCAGGAAGACCUGUUGGGUGCAACCAGGUCUUUUGGGGGUUUUUUUGUUUUUAAAUUAGCUAUACUUUGGCCUAUAAGCUGCUCCUUUUUUCUGGUGAAAAUUUCGAAACAAAAAAGGAAAACAUGAAAUAAGCUAGUAUCGUACAUAUGUGGCUCUGAUUUUGGUUUGCCAUUGGGAAAAAAUAACAACACUGCAACAAGCAAGCCACUCUAAAUAAUGUGGCAGAAGUAUGAGAUCGUAAAAUUUUCCUUCUUUCAGCUGUUCUUAGACUUUCAUCUGAAAAGUGUAUACCGUACUGUACUAUAUGAAUACCACUAACAGUGCUUUAUUCUGCUGUGUUUUGUUGGAAUGAAUGCAUAACAGCAGCUACCAUCUUGAUAAGCUACCACUUUUGUAAAGGGUUUUUUUUCCUUAUGACUGACUAUCUUUCUCUCACUCUCUCUCAAUGGUGCAUUCUUUUCAUCUACUUGCCAGAUUCCUGUAUCAGCCAACGGGAACUAUGUGCAUUUGUGGAGGGAACAAGAUAUCUUCCCCCCACCCACAAAACACUCUCUGUUCGAUCAGAGGCAACUACUACUCAUUUUUACAAACUUUUCGACAGACUUCUACCUUUUCAUAAGUUGCAGCUGUUGUACAGAGUACAGGGAGGGGAAACCAACAACAAUAACAACCACCACCGCCGCGGGAGGUAUGUCAGAAUCUUUCUUGACGACACAAGCCUUGCCCUGAUGUACUCUGCAGCCUCCUUCUGUGUGGCAGGCUUGGUGUAGUCAAUGACCAUGGCAAUAUUUCACCUGUUUCAACUCUAAGGUUUGUUCGUUCGAACAGGAGCAAACGCAUCAUUGUUGGGGGUGGGGGUGGGGGCUCUCUCUCGUCUAGCCAAGCUGUCAUCUUUGUUAAUGUUAAAAGCAUGAACCUUACAGAGGUUGUAAUCACAGACUUUCCCUCCCCCAUCUCUUGUAAUGGUGGAGCAUAAUGUUUACAGACACCCACCCCAUCCAACCCCAGAAAUGUUCUCCUGGUCGUAUGUUCUUUACUCCUCCUUCGCAUGAAGGAAGACGAGGUGCAACUGUCCUAAAUAUAGGGCUAAAUUAAUCCCUGAGAUAAUCACAUUGCAGACGAUGGGAUUAUACCAGGGUCAAUUUGCCCCAUCGUUGUAAAGAAUCUGUACAUAUACAACUCUUGUAAAGUACACCUGCAAUGACAGUAUCUUUGUUUCACCUGAUAAAAAGCUAGCUUCCUAGAAAAAAAAAUAAAACAACAUCUCAGAGAGUAGAGUAUUCUACAAUCGUCUGUGGCUUCCAGCACUAGAACUCAGUAUGCAUCUAGCAUUUUUACCUGUGUGGUUCAUUAUAAAAAUCUGUCUAUGCGAAGAGAACGGCUUCUAAAUAAAGGUGUUAGGGGCAAAGAACAAUCUAUGGCAUUUUAAAAGCAAAAAGGGAUGAGUUUUCUUCAGUGAAGACAUGUCAGGAAACCAAGCACACUUUCUACCUCCGUUUCAGCUUUUUGAAACGUUUGUUUUAUGAUAAAACCAAAAUUAAUUUCUGGUGUCCAAAAUAAGUUAUAGGGACGUUUGUUCUUCCUUAUAAAAAAAUAGGUAGCCUGGCUAUUUCUAUCGCUCUUGUGUAAAAAGUAUUCUGCUUUACCAGUACUGUUAAUGCUGCCUUGUGUGACUAGGGUGAGGACCUUGAGGUAGGCCAGCAACUCACAAAGUCGUAUCGUUCCAACCAUCCUCCCCUACUAUAAAAUACCAACUUGUCAGAGCCUAAACUCUUGAGGAAGUCUUGCUCAUUCGACUAGAACAAUACUGUUGCUCUGAUGUAGGACAAGUGCAGUAUUAUCUAACUACAGCUUGAAUGCUGAAUGCUGUUAUUUCGGAAGGCAAGCCAAAGGCACAGUGAACAACAACACCUUGGCAAAUAAUCUGGUCAGAUGGAAGACUGAGGCACAUAAGAAAAUGAGGUGUGGUGGCAUUGUGGUUAGGACACCGGGUGUAUCCUGAUGGAUAUGAUUUCCACACUAUGUGGUCACCUCCGCUCCCAGCUGGGAAGUGAUCACCUGGCCUCUCAGGUUAGAAGGCCCAAGGUGGCCCAAUGGUGCCAGCCACGUGGUUUCCUAGUCUACCGUAGGCUAAAGAAAUAGCUUUGCCUUAACCCGACCAGCCAAACAGCCUGAAACAACACUUCGCUGUGCCCUAACAAUCUAUUUACGCACAGCUUGUAGGCAGAAUAUCGUUUAAAACAAAAUGAUCGUGUGAGUUGUUGCUCUCUUUAAAACAUCCUUAAUGUGCAAAGGCUAUCACAGAAUGUAUUAACUUAAUGUUUAGGUUUAUUCUCUAAUAGAUCUUCCAUUUUAAAAGAUUCCAAAAACAGCCAAAAAUAUUUCCAAAAAGCAUUCAAAUAACAUUCAAAUUUGUGAAACUCUUAAUCAGCCUUCCCAUAACCAGGAGCCCUCCCAGUGUGUUGGAGUACAACUUCUAUGUCCAGCCAAUGCUGGGGAUGAUAGGAGUUGCAGUUCAACAGACCUGGAGGCACUAGGAUGUGGGAGGAAGUCUGCUCUUAAUUGUCACUAUAGUGAGGUGCACAUGACCACUCCGCUUAUGGUGGAAGUGUUUUUAGUGCGGCCACCGACUUGUGGUGAAUAGUUGCUUUACUUCACACUAAGGUGUGUGGCUGGUUUAGCUCGUCAGACAACUUAUUCACUACACCCAGCCUUCUUGGCUUUGUCACUGCAUGAUGGAAGGAUAACUACCACUAUGAGUGGAGACAUCCUGUGCACCAGCCCUUGGCCACGGAGUGACACUGGACUGCUUCCUAUGUUACUUUGAGCAGAUAUGGGUGUGCAUAACUAGGUUUUCAAGGGCUGCUGUAUGUGUUUGGUGGCAAUUACCAUGUUGGGACAGAGCUUGGAAUGGUAUUUUUUCUGGAUUGCAACUCUCAUAAUCCCUCACUGAUUUUGGUCACUGUACAGAUGGAGGAUUCAGAGAGUUGCAGUCCUCAAUGUAACUUGGAAAAGUCACCAUUCAGACUCUGAUUGGGAAUAUUGGGUGCCACUUCUUUUCUGUCAAAGUAAUUCAGGGGAUAAAAGAACAAUUUUCAGGAGAGAAAUGAUACCUGGGGUGGUACUUGGCCCAUCCCCACCCACCUCUGUCUUUUACUCAAGCUGAGUUAAGCAGAGGAAUGUGGACUGGAAGGAAAAUCCAUGAGCGGGCAGUAAUCUAGAUGCUUCUGUUUUAUAAGUUGUUCCUCUCCAGUGCUUUGCAGCAGAGAAAUGGUGACAAGGAUUCCCAGGCCCAAACAUGUAUAUAGGCCCAGGUGUAUUCAUGGAAAUGUGUUAUUGGAAAAGCAACUUACAUGCCUGUGCCCCCAGAAGAGAUAUGUAUAUAGGACACGUCUCAAGGAGGGUCAUGACUCUACUCUUAGAAGCAGAAGACUGUUUCUUUGGCUGUAAUUCUCAACACACUUAUUUGAAGGCAAGUUUCAGAAGACUUGCUUCCAAAUAAACCUGAUCAGCAUUGAAGUGUAAACCAUGCUUCUUAGGGGGUCUUCCAAAAGUAACAUCAGAAGCUGCCCAAAGUUUAUUAACGACUACUAACAACAACAAAAUCAAAGUAAAAUGUGUUUGUCUCUUGGUGUCAAAAGCAGUCAAUGAAUUUUAUGUGCAAACUUCAGCAUCAGUUGUAAUCUUUUUAAGAAAAGGGAGUUUGGGAGGCGACUGUUUGCAAAUUUUGAGAAGAAAGAAAAAUCAAGUUCUCUGCGAACAUACUUGCCACGUUACUCUGAAAAUUCUUAAAAGAGUGCUGAUGUGAAGGCGGCUCCUCUCCUCAGUUCUGAAAGACCUUCCUAGAGAAGCCAUGGCUUUAAAACUAUAGCUAUACAACAUCUUUUGUGAACAACUCUGAGGACCUCUAUAUAGGUCUCUUUUCUGUUUGCUGAUGGAAUUAGUCCAGUAUGCACCAGAACUUCAGAUGCUCUUCAAAUGCUGUUUUAUGACAGAUUAACAAAUCUGUAACACUGUAAAAUACCAACCUUUACAAGUUUAAUCCAUUUUAUUUUUGUACAGUAUUCGUAUCCUUUCUAAGUUAUUUUGCUGUCCUGUUUUGUAAAUCACAUGAAAUUGUAAAAAAGAAAAAAGUAGGCAUAGGUGUUUUUGUACAUAUGUAUAUAAAUUGUCCAGAUAAUAAUAAAAAAAUAAUAAAAAGAAA